AUGUCCCAAUCAAACCCUGUCUUACGUGGCUUUGCCAUCACAACAGCUAUAGCUGCUCUAACAGCCACCGGUUAUGCUGUUUACUUUGACUACCAAAGAAGAAACAGCUCACAAUUCAGGAAAGUCUUGAGGCAAAGAGCCAAAGAACAGGCCAAGAUGGAAGAAGAGGCCAAGAGCCAUGCCAAGGAGGUCAAACUGCAAAAAGUCACGGAAUUCUUAUCUAUAGAAUUGGCUAAGGAUCCUAUCCCUAGUGAUCCCUCUGAAAGAGAGGCCACAUUCACUACCAACGUGGAAAAUGGUGAAAGACUGUCCAUGCAACAAGGUAAAGAACUAGAAGCCGCUUCUAAAUUUUAUAAAGCAUUGACUGUAUAUCCUCAACCUGCGGAUUUGUUAGGUAUCUAUCAAAGAUCCAUCCCUGAAGCCAUUUACGAAUACAUUAUCUUAAUGAUUGCCAUCUUGCCUCCUGCUAACGUGGCUUCUUUCGUUAAAGGUGUUGUUGGAAGUAAAGCCGAAUCAGAUGCUGUUGCUGAAGCCAACGACAUUGACGAUUAA